AAACUGGCUGGCAGGGCAACACGCUCGACUUUGUUCCGCCCUUUGAACGGUUUCAAAAGUUUUUUAUUGGCUUGGAGCGGGUGAGAAAGAACAAGCAGAAGAAGACUAAGAUAAAGUAACACUUAAACGUAGCCUGUAGACCUGCAUCGCCGCUGCACAGGGAACAGGUGGGCUCAGCCAACAUAAACAGCGUGGAAGCUGGAGGCAGUUAAAGAGUUUGUGGAACGAAUUUCUAGAAGUCAUGGAUAUUAGGAUGCAACGAGAAGAGGCAUCAUCCCAGGAAGUGUUCAGCUACGCCCAGAUGUCCACCCUGGAGAGAAACAGUGGCGUGGGGACGCUGAGUCGACAUGUGGAUAGAGAGAGAUUGGAGAGAGACAGCUACACGGUGGAUGUCAGGGCCAGUGACCUGCAGUUGGACAAACCUGGGCCAUUGCAUCCCUGCUUUAGCUACAGAGUCUGGCUAUACAGCGUGGUUAUAGGGAGCAGCUUGCUGAUAGCGGCAGUUUUCUCUCUCUACAUGGGUAAUGUGUUUCCAUCAGCAAUGGAUUACCUGCGCUGUGCUGCAGGAUCUAGUGUACCAGCUGCAGUGGUGAGCUUUGCUAUUGCCAAGAACACACAAAUUGCAGUCUCUGAUUUUCAAAUGGUCUUUGUAUCUUCCUUUGCUGUAACAACAACGUGUCUAGUGUGGUUUGGAUGUAAGCUCGCCAUUAGUCCCUCAGCCAUCAAUAUUAACUUUAACCUGCUCCUGCUUAUUGUACUGGAGGUGCUGACAGCCAGUGCGGUUAUCCUAUCAGCACGCUCGGCUGAAGACUGCUGCAGUCACAGCAAGCCAGUGUAUAGUGCCCCUGUGGUUGUGACCUCGGUGUCGUUCCCCACACGUCUUUUCAAGGCUUAUGCCGUCAUUGAGGUUAUAGUGGGCAUCUCUACUGUAUUUGGAGGAAUUAUUGCUCUUAAUUUGGGUGCUCUUCUCCCAGAACCAUACCUUUCUGUCACUUUCUUCUGGAUUCUAGUUGCUUGUUUUCCUAGUGCCAUUGCCAGCCAUGUGGUGGCAGAAUACCCCAGCAAGAGUUUGGUGGAAAUGUUGAUUGCUAUAAGUAGUGUGACCUCACCAAUGCUUUUCUCAGCAUCUGGGUUCUUAUCCAGCAGUGUGAUUAAUUUCAUUGAGAUCUUUCUGCAUGAAGUGCCAUUAACAAAGCUGUCAUAUGACAUAUUGCUGCUCGUCCUGAUGGGAUUACUGCUGGUACAGGCAGUGCUGACAUUAGCCACUAUAGUACAGUGUGCGUCUUACAAGAGCCAGCUCCACAUUGGAGCACCUGAAUGGGACACACUACAAUCACCAAGACAUUGUGAGCAGCAGACGUCAAAUGGCACCCUCCGGGAGUUUGAUAAAGACAAGGCCUGGAAAGCAGUGGUGGUCCAAAUGGCCCAGUGAGCAAAGAUGCAUGAAUCAGAGGGGACAAGCGGAAAGAAAAAAAUUGAAAGACAUGUUUGUGUGUUGUACAAAGGACGGGAAUAUCAGCAGGAGGAAAAGCUGGCAAAGAUGGUGAACGAAGAAACUUGUGGAAGAUGAGAAGAUAUGGAAUGGAUUGCAUCUGGAAUCUUUUUGGUUAUGAAACGUGGCCUGUGAUAUAUUGUAUGAGCACUAUGUUUUUUUACUUCAUGACAGUUUAGUUAGGAAAACAAGUUUUUCAAUAUUUGUCCAAAUUUGAAAAUGUUUUUUGUAAGAUCAUUGAUUAUAAUUCACAAUCAUGUUUAAAGCAGACGACUCUGGACCAGAUCCGCGCCAGAUCCGUUUGGUCCUACCAACUUCGGCCCAGAUCCAGUGCGGAUCUGGCCCGGCGUCGUCUGCUGUCUGAUACCAGGAAAUUAGAAACAUAUUUGAAAAGUAAUUGGCUAUGCAACAAAUUAUAGCCUAUGCAAAUAAAUUGUGAACAUGCAUGUACAAUCCACAAUAGGCUACUUGUUGCUUACUGUAGAAACAUGAUGCCUUUAUUUCUAACUCACUGUAAUGUACUGCAGUUCAGUACCUCGUAUGACAGAUUCACUUAGAUUUUAUUUUUGUAUUAUUCAUAUGUAAAUUCUACCAUUUGAUGCUACUGUAGAUCAAUAAAAGUGUUAAUGCUA